AAUGUUCAUUGCUUACUUUUCUUUUACUACUGAAUGAAAUUUAAUUAUGGAACAUUCCAAGUAUGUCAUGAAAAUGUUUUGUGCCAAGACUCUGUGUGAACAAGUUAAAUUGGAACAUAUAAUUUCAGCAGUUUAUCCUUUGUUUGUGCAUGUGUUUAAUUUAACAAACGUAUGCAUGCAGCAUAAUGGCAGGUAAUGGUAAGAGGUCUAGGACGCUAAGUUGGUAGAAGCUCUAUUGUAUUUGGUGGAGACCGAUUGGAGGUCCGAUAAUGGGAUGUUUCGACCAGGAUACCUACAACACUUAGAGCGAAUUCUGCAUGAGAAAGUACCUGGGUGCGCACUGAAUCAAAACACCAUUGAGUGCAAGGUGAGGAGUCUGAAGAAACAAUACAACGCAGUAUCAGAGAUGUUAAGUCAGUCGGGGUUCGGCUGGAACGAGGAGUUCAAAUGUGUCCAGGUCGAGAGGGAGAUUUUAGAUCUUUGGGUUCGGAGUCAUCCCAAUGCGAAGGAGAUGUGGAACAAGUCAUUCUCACAUUACGAUGACCUCUCUACCGUAUUUGGGAAAGACAGAGUAGUAGGGCAAUCAAGUGAGGACCCAUACGUGAUGGCGACGAAUGCAUUCAGAGAGUUUGAAGAUGAGAUUCGACUUGGAUCACAGGACUGUCGCACCCCUGAUGUUCGCCAGACAUAAUCACCAUUAAAUCAAGAUGAAAUAGAUGAAGAACCAGCAGAGCAAUCUACAGGUAGAGCGAGUGUACCUACCGAGUCAUCUCGAGGCAGUAAGAGGAAGAGGUCAUCAUUCCAAGCUGAAAUGAUCGACAUCAUGAGAUCGACUGUUGAAAUGCAGAGCACACACAUGGGUAGACUUGCA